AUGCCUGAAAUGACCGCCAUCAGCUGGCACCUUUUGCAAGGUCUUGGAACCGAAAGUUCCGGUCAAGAGGGCAGUGUUCCACGACAUCACCCAGAAGACACUCGUCAAGGCGUUCGAGGGACCAGGACAGAUUGGCGAGAACCUCGUUCAGGCCCACGAGAAGAGGCCCGCUGCAUCCUUGACUGCUUAGCCGGCUUCACCCUGACCCCGGUUAUCUGGAACUUCGUCGCUCCGGGGCUUAGCGCCGGACGGGUGCAAAGCGUGGCGCCUGCGAUGGUGAUCGAGCGCGAGUGCGCGCGCCUCAAGUCCAAUUCCGCGGAUUGUUGGGACGUGGUCGCCAACGCUACCGCCGCGGGGUAG